GAAGAAGAAGACAUUAUUUUUACUUCAACAAAAAUAAGAAUAUUUUCUCAUCCAGAAAAACCUUGUGAAAAUUCUCAAUUCUUCCUUUUCCCAAGUGAAAUUAGAUUCGUUAAUCUUGAAAAUUGAUCCAGGAAGUAAAGGGAUUUGUUGACAAAAGCAACGUAUGCAGUCAUUUAGAAUCUUAAAUAUACCAAAAUGUCAGAAGAUUCAAACUCAAGAUGGGACCUCAAUAGUUCCUUUAUCCUUUCUGGACAUCGAAAGAGUGCCUUUAUUCCGUAUCGCCCUACAAAUACGGUUCUAACGAAUCUCCAACGAGGGAAUACUGAAACGGAUUCCUCGGAAAUUUCUCUGAAUUUUCACGAAAAAGCCGCUCAGGGGGAAAUUACGGAGGAAAUGGUGAAGGAACAGGCACUUGUUGAUGCUGUGGAUCAAUAUGAAUUUACUGCCCUUCACUGGGCAUGCUACUACGGUCAACUAUCUUCCGUGAAGAUUCUCGUAAAAUGUGGAGCUGAUGUGAAUAAAUUAGCCCCAGACUAUGUGUCUCCACUUCUUCUGGCUGCUGCUGGGGGGCACAAUGAGAUUGUUAAAUUUCUCCUUCAGCACAAGGCGGAUAUCAAUCACACGGACAUUGUGGGAAAUACAGCCCUAAUGUAUGCAGCUGGGGGCAAUCAUCCCCACACGUGCAAUGAAUUAAUUGCAUUCCAUCCGGAUCUCACGGAAUCCAAUGAAAAUGGGGAUACUGCGUACUCCUUGGCAAUAAGAAAUAAAGCCAGUUUAGCUCAAACAGUUCUUGAGAAUCAUAUUUUCUCAUACUUUUUGAAGUGAUAAAAAGGAUUUAAAAAAAUACACAAAAGGAUCAUAA